UCUCCACCACCACCACCCCACUUAUUGCUUUUCGAUUUGAAUAAGGAGGAAAAUGAAGGGAAAGGGGAGUUGUAGGAGAACAAGGAUAGGAGAUGGAGGGACAGAGGAGCUCCUGCCUAUGGCUAGCAUGUGACCAAUGAAGGUGGGGCUCCAGGAAGAGAGGAAUUAUCAGAAGGCAGGAUCUAAGUCACUUGCAGGCACACACAGGCAGGCGAUGUCUUCUAAAGGCUCCUUCAGUCAACAGACAGCAACAGAGAAAUCCAUCCUGCAGGCAAAUAAAGCCCUCACUGAUGAGGAGUGGGCCAAGAAGGAGGAAUCUGAGAGGGAACAGGAGCUUUCAAGUCAGAAACUACAGGAAGAGCAGCAACAGGUGGAGGCUCAAGAGAUGUGUCUCAAGGAAAACCUGGAGCAACUGAAAAAGAAACUGGAGGAGCUCCUGAAAAACCAGGACAUCAUGUUGGAGCACCAGCUGAAUGUGGAUGUUGCCCUGCUCAGUACUGCCUGAUGGUUCCAGAGCCCCAGAAUGAAUAGGGAAGAUUACACUCAGCUCACAGAAGGAAAACCAUGACCAUUUGUUGCUUGUGAUUCAUUAGAAGCCCUGAAUAAUCACCCCCACCCCAAACCCACAUCAUUUUUUUUCUUAAUAUUCCUUUGAAUUUUUUCUCCAUAUUUCGACUCUGGAGACCGAGGUCAUAUGACUCCUAUAAAUCCUUGGAGAAUACAAAUAGGAUUUAAGCUGCUUUUUGAGAGAUUUAAAAUGGUCUCACAAGUAUGUGGGUAAACAGAUUUCCCAUCAAGCUAAGGUCAAUAUGAGCAGCAAUUGGUUUGCAUUCCCAAGUCCCAUGUUAUCAAGAUACCUAUUCCUUAUCCAAAACCCUAGGUAGAUUCACACCAACAUAAAACUGUUAGAAAUUUCUGUAGUUAAAAUCAUAGGGAAGUGACAGCUUUUAAACUUGCUGCAAUCUGCUCCAGGUUUACAUAGCUGCCUGAGCAUGCAUAUUGCAUGGGAGGAAAGCUCUCAGAUUCCACCUAGACAUUAUAUGAGGACAGAUUUCUAGAUUAACUGAUGACUUCCCAUCAUUGCUAUGGUAUGGAGACUAUGCCACCCCACUGGGACUGAAUAUCUGUUUGGUCAGACCAUUUGGCUUUUCUUUUGGGAAGAAUGUGAAAUUGCUGUUUUUAACACUUUGGUUAGCACAGCAGCAAAACUGUAAUGGUGGGCGAAUAUUAGUAAAGUUGGAAACUUCUUCCUUACAGUGUCUAGGUCUAACCCAGAUGGUAUUUUUAUCUUACAAUAUCUUAUAAUUCAUUUUCUUAUAAUAAUGGAGAAAACAUUCUAGGGAUAUGAGAUAUUUUACAACGUUUUGACUAGUUGUGAUUCUUAAGAAUCCAAGUUAUAAAAUAUUUAAGUCCCUUCCAAUGUCUACUUAUUUAUUUUAGAUUCAAAAGGAUUUGCUUGAGGAAGGAUUUAGGAAGAAAUCUGAGGAUAUGAAUGCAACAAUUACUCAUCUGCAAAGUAGAACUAAAGCUACAGAAAAUAAUAGUACUUCCUCUAUUGCAGGAGUUUUGGAUUCAUUUGGUGAUAAGCUGAUUACAAUAUUGUCUGGUUUGCUAAAUCAGUUGGUUACAUUAUAAAAGGAUUUCCCUGGCUACAGAGAUCAUUAGUUCUUCUUUAAGAAAUUCAUAGAUUGUGAUGUAUGCUUUGGCCUGUUUUGAUGUGCAUGGUUUUCAUUUUUAUACAGCAAAGUUUUAAACAACAUAAAAAGUGCUUUCUAGAAAAUAUCAGUUCCUGACCUAUAUUAGAUAAACAUAUUGCAUGUAUACAUUGAUGAUGAUGUUCAUUUUAGGAAAUGCACAUUUGCAAUGUUAUACAUAUGCAAGAGGUCUUUUGAUGCAUUGAUUUUAAUGGCAAAAAUUUAAUUACUACUGAAAUGUCUUCUAUAUAAAAUUGGUACUAUAAAUUUUAAUAUGUGCUGAUAUUGCAAUAGCCAUGAAACAAAAUAUCAUGGAAUUCUAUAUAGCCUAAUAUAGAAUGAUUUUAAAAACAUAAUGUGAGUUUAAAACAAUGUCUGAAACAGUAUAUAUACUCUGAUCACUAUUAAAAAUGCAAUUACAUGCAAACUAUGUAUGUACAAAUAAAAUAUCUUGUGAAAGAUUAAUGAGAAACUAGUAUCAUUGGCUCCUUUGGGGGAGGACUUAGUGGAAUCAGGGGUUGAAGGGACAAGUACUUUUCAUUAUGUACUUGAUUUUUUUGAACUUUGUAAAGAAAACUUGUGUCUAGUUAUUUAGAAAUAAAUUAGAA